AUGGCAAAGAGGCGAGGGAUGAGGGAAGGAUGCCAAGUGGAAGCUGCAAGCCCUUUCCUUCCCAGAACUCAGACAGCUGAGCUGGCCUCCGUCGCAAGGUAAGCAUGUCAAGCAUACAGCGCAGAUCAGUCAUCAUUCAUGCCUCUUCGUUUUUCAAUAUCCCUGAAAACAGCAGCCAAGCUCCGCUGGAAAUAAGAAGAACCGGCAGGGUCAGGCCAAUGGCCUAGGACCCGUGUACCUAUGGGACCGCCUCUCCUGGUAUGCCCCGCGGAGGACCUUAAGGUCCACAAAUAACAACACUUUGGAGGUCCUGAGCCUCAAGGAGGUUAGAUUGGUUUCAACUAGGGCCAGGGCCUUUUCAGUACUGGCCCCGACUUGGUAGAACGCUCUGUCAUAAGAGACUAGGGCCCUGCGGGACUUGACAUCUUUCCGCAGGGCCUGCAAGACAGAGCUGUUCCUCCUGGCCUUUGGUUUGGACUCAGUCUGACCCUUCUGUUUCCCUCCCCUUAUGGUCUUGAUUUACCAGCUACUUUAAAACGGGGCUGCAUUUUAAAUUGCAUUUUAACCUGUAUUUUAAAUUGGUUCCCCCCCUCUCUUUCCCCCCUUUGUUUUUACUGUGAUUUUAUUAGUGUUAGCCGCCCUGAGCCCAGCUCUGGUCGGGGAGGGCGGGGUAUAAAUUAUUAUUAUUAUUAUUAUUAUUAUUAUUAUUAUUAUUAUUUAGUCCAGCAUCCUGUUCUCACUGUGGCUGCCCAGAUGCCCAUGAUGUCAGAAAAAAAGCACAAGAGCAUCUCUCCCUUCCUGGGGUUUCCAGCAGCUGGAACUGAGAAGCAUUGUGGAGGCAGAGCAGAAUCACCCUAGCUAGUAGCCAUCAAUAGCCCCCAUGAAUUUGUCUAGGUGGCCAACUUGUAGCAGUGAGUUCCAUAUUAUCUUCCUUGUAUCUGUCCCCAAUCUUCCAACAUUCAGGAAUCCUGUUGCAGGAAUCCUCUUGCAGUCUGAGCUUCAGCCCCACAGUGCAAUGGAGUCCCCCUGUCUUACCGCCUGCCCCCCAAGGCUCAGCCUAGCCCUGAGUGGUGGGAUGGA